UUGUAAACUACGCCGAGCAAAAGGGAAAACAUGCGGCAGCUACUGUGUUUAAGGUUGACCGGAAACGAGUGCGGGACUGGUGCCAAAACAAACAAAAACUAAAAAACAUUUCUAAAACAUCAAAACGCUGUAAGGGAGGAGGAAGGUCAGUAAAAUUCCAAAAUAUUGACGUCCAGGAAGCUGAGGAUGUACUGGAAAAUUUAAUGGGAGGUGCAGUUGAACUCGGUGAAAGUGAAAGUGAAUCCACCGGAAGUGAUGAUGACAGCGAGUUAUUUUACGACAUCGAAUUAGAGGCGCGUAACAUGGAACGGUUUACGGUAGUUUACUUUCAUUCGCACGGUUUCUAUGUUACUGGUGGCCAUGUCCUUGGAGCGGUGAAAAUGGACAAAGAAAAUGCAAAGAGCUAUCAACUGCGAAUCCGAAUGGAAAAAUCGAUCCCAGUCAAAACCCCGACCACAAAAGAGAGAAAAAUCCAGUAUUAUUUAAACAAAAGAAAAGCCUUGAAGGAAAAUGACCAGGUCUAUUCAGAAAUUAAGAUCCAGGAUGCAGCUAGAAAGAGGCUAUACAGAAGUCAACUAUCCUCUGAUCAAAAGAAGAAAAAUGCAGAAUUCUCCAAAAUCCGUAUGCAAAAAAUGAGAGAGAGGAAGAGGUUGGAGGGAAAAUUGCCAACCUCGCAAGUGAAAACAAGGAGGGAGCGGGAAAAAUUAAGAAGUGAGUGGAGAAGCGCAAAACAAAAGCAAAGAAGUAAAAUGACACCACAGGCAAAGAGACGAGAAUUGGAAAGAAGGAGAGAGAAGUACCGAAUGUUGAAAUUACAGACAACUACUAAACAUUCGGCAUCAACAGCCGCAACAUCUGACCAAGACGACCCAGAUACAUUUGCAGACAAAAUUCAAUCUGACAUUCAAAAUGCGACCCCAAGAAAAAGAGCUGUUUUGAAACACAGGGGAAUCCUAAACUCUCCAAAAACCAAACAGUCAAACAGUGUAAACACAAGAAUUGUCAGAAAUCUGACAUUUUCUUUGAAGAAGAUGAAAAGGGAUCAAACUGCAAAGGGACGCAUGAAAUACCGUUGGGUGGUUAAGUCAAUUGCAGACAAAUAUAUCAAGGAUCAUAAAAUGCGUUUAGCAUUAGAUAUUGGGUGGCAUUUUUGGAGAUCAGCAUCACUCUUGGAUGAAGAAAGCCUGUAUGAAAGAAAAGGAGCUCAGGUAUCAGCUGAAAGGAACAAAUCAGUUGAAGAUUUUUACCUUGAGGAAUCCACAACUUUACCUGGAAAGCGCACCGUAAAUGCAAAAACCCUUGUACAGAAAGUUGUUCUGAAUAAGACCACAGCAAAGCUUCACAAAGAAUUCCUGGCAAAAAAGGGUAAGAAAGUAUCGCUCAGUACUUUUCAAAAACUUCGUCCGAAACAGUGUUUGACAGUUUCUAGGACCAAGUUCAAUUCCUGUUUAUGCGAGUACUGUGCCAACACGGAGCUGAAACUCAGUGUUUUAAAGGAAGCUGCAAAACAAGAAAAUCUCACAAUGACCAUCAAUGACAAAUAUGACUUGUGUAGUGCCAGUAUGUGCACAAAAACAAAGGCAUUUAACGACUUGGAUUGUGUUCGCCGGACCUGUGAUCAGUGUGGUGUGUUCAAGCUUGAGGAAAUGUUUGCUCCUUUGUCAGAGAUACACAAACAACUUAAAUGGAAAAAAUGGGAAAAUGGUUCAGUUUAUAGCACUAGUAAUGCUGGAAAGACUGUAAAACGGAAGAUACUGGUCGAAAAGUCUGGGUCAGUCCAGGACUGCAUUUCAGAGAUGGUAGAAGAGGCAGCCAGUUUGACAGAGCAUCUCUUUGUGGCCAGAUGGCAAUUUAAUGCUUUCCGUCAGUUGAAAGAGUCACUGCCAGAAAACAUGCUUUUAACAGUAGCUGAUUUCUCAGAAAAUUAUAAGUGUGGCUAUCAAGAUGAGAUUCAGUCAGCCUAUUAUUCUUAUCAGCAAGUGUCCUUGCAUCCAGUCGUUGCCUAUUACAAAUGCCCCACUUGUAAAAGUUCAACAGUAGAGGAGUCUGCAGUAUUUAUUUCUCCUGAUAUCAAACAUGAUGCUUAUGCUGUGAACCAGUUUAAUAAUCAAAUGAAACUUCAUAUCCAGGGACGAGGGGUUUCAUUCACCCACGAAGUACAAUUCAGUGAUGGGUGUGCCUCACAAUACAAAUCAAAGAUCCCUUUCCAUAAUCUGUCAGAAAGAGGAAUAGAUGGUAACAUCUUUGAAAGAGGGUAUUUUGGCUCUAGACAUGGCAAAGGUCCUUGCGAUGCUCUGGGUGGAGUUGUAAAAAAAGCUGCAGAGCUUUAUGUUAGAAGUCGGCAAGGCAUUAUUCAGAAUGCUCAAGAUUUUUACAACUUCUGCAAGGAAAAUAUGACUAUUGACAAAAAUGGAGAGUGUGAGCACAAAAAGAGAGUGUUUUUCUAUGAGGAAACAAUCAAGAGGUCAGAAACCACUCCAGCACUGAAGACAAUUAAAGGAACCCAGCAGUUGCAUUCUGUGAGGUCAGUUAGACCAGGCGUCAUUAAAGCAAGAAAGCUCAGCUGUUUCUGCACAGGUUGUUUGAAUGGUGGGAAAGAACAAGAGGAAUGUCAAAAUCAUCUUUUUGUUGAACAAUGGGAAGAACACAAUGUUGUGAAACAGGCAACUGCAAAGAAAGUAAAACUUUCAAAGAAAAUGCAAGGAAGGAAAACAACAAAACCAAGUGGUUUGAAAACUGACCAAGAAAAAUCAGCAACAGGAAAACAAGAACAAAAUGGAAACCUAGAUGAAACUGUGCCUCAUACAGAAGAUGGAAUCAAUACCAAAAGAGCAAGGAAAGAACUGAAAUGUUUGACAAAGGGAAAGAAAUAUGGAACUAGAAGAAAACAAGAACAGGAUGGAAACCCAGAUGAAUCUGUGCCUCAUACAGAAGAUGGAAUCAAUACCAAAAGAGCAAGGAAAGAACUGAAAUGUUUGACAAAGGGAAAGAAAUAUGGAACUAGAAGAAAACAAGAACAGGAUGGAAACCCAUAUGAAUCUGUGCCUCAUACAGAAGAUGGAAUCAAUACCAAAAGAGCAAGGAAAGAACUGAAAUGUUUGACAAAGGGAAAGAAAUAUGGAACAAGAAAAAAACAAGAACAGGAUAGCAACCCAGAUGAAUCUGUGCCUCAUACAGAAGAUGGAAUCAAAACCAGAAAAGAAAAACAGGAUGGAAACCAAGAUGAAUCUGUUCUGCAAACAGAUGAUGAGAGGAAAACCAGGAGAGAAUAUUUUAGAAAAAAACUGUUCAACUUGCAGACUGCUGAUGACUUUGACAUGUUGCAAAUGAAGUGUGUAUCUUUAAAUGAACAGUUAACCCAAACAUAUCCAUCGAUAGGGGUUGAUUCCAGUGUGAGUGCUGUAAACAACAAACUUGUUGCUGACAAGGUCGCAUUAGGGCUUUUGCCUGUUGAUGAGCUGGAUGAAAGGUACCAUCAGUGGAUUCCAGUAAAAGUUGGAGCGGAUGGAAACUGUUUUCCUCGAUCAGCCAGUGUAGUGGCAUUUGGGGAUGAGCUUGCUCAUGAGGAAAUGCGGACCAGGAUUGUUAUAGAAAUGUGCAUGGGAAUUGACGAAUAUACCAACAACAACUUUCUUAACAAGGGUAUAAUUUUACCUACAAACGAAGCUAAACAUCUACUUAAUUCCUACACAAUGUUCUCCGAAAUGUACACACCAGGGGAAAAAAUAACACCACUUGUAGCAAGAAGAAUUUUUGAAUGGGAGGCUAUGAAUGUAAGGGCAGGUGGAUCUUACAUGGGCAUUUGGCAAAUAUUUGCCCUAUCAUCAGUGUUGAAUUGCAAUAUUAUGUCUUUGUAUCCCAAAUGUGGUGCGGCUCUUCCCAGAUGCAUACUUAAUCGCACAAUCAUUCCCAGGAAGAUUGUAAACAGGGAAAAUGGCACCAAAACUGCUCUGUUCUUGUGGACGUCAACACGAAGUGAUAUGGUGAUGGAAAACUGGAUCCCAAAUCAUUUUGUCCCACUGGUCUCUGCCGUGUCUCAACCCGAAUCAAAUGACACUCUUUUUGACGAUGAAGACGUCAGUAUAUCCUUGGAGAACAGCAUGCUUGAACAUUUACUGCAAUCACUUAAUGAUGAGGUCAUUACCCAGUUCACCCACGCUCUAACUGAUCUGAACCAGUCUACUGCUGUUGUUGAGGGCAUGCCUCUGGCUCCGGAAUCCACAGAUGAUACAUCUCCAGGAGACCAGUCCAGCAUCCCAGUCGAUGAGGUCAUUACCCAGUUCACCCACGCUCUAACUGAUCUGAACCAGUCUACUGCUGUUGUUGAGGGCAUGCCUCUGGCCCCGGAAUCCACAGAUGAUACAUCUCCAGGAGACCAGUCCAGCAUCCCAGUCGAGUUUACUGUUGGUACAUAUGUACAGAUAAAGCAUGGCAAAAUUUUAUUGCCUGCUGUGGUGGAGAACUGGCCGUGGGUAAGAUUCUUCACCAAGAAGAGACAACGAUGGUUACCCAAUGAGGUAACCCACACUGUUAUCUUUGAUGACGUUGUCAGGGUUCUUGAUCCCCCAGCCAUAGAGGUCCAAGGAUCGGUGAUGCCCUUCCUGGUGAUGGUGAAACCAUUGUCGAUCAGAGUACUUGACCUUGCCAUCAACGUGGAUAUUGUCGAG